GGUAAUCUCCAUACAAGAAUUGUGAUCUUUGAGAAAUGGCUUCAAAGGCUGUAGCCUCAACUUCUCUUUUCCUCUUCCUUAACCUAAUUGUUUCCUUCACUUUUGUCAACUCCACUUUCCCACCAGCACCAGCACCAGCGCCAGCACCAGACCAGAGCAGCCCACCACCAGCAGUGGCCACAUGCCCAAAAGAUACCCUAAAGUUGGGUGUAUGUGCUAAUGUUUUGAAAGGGUUGCUUGGGAUUGUGAUUGGAAAACCACCAGUUGAACCAUGUUGCAGCCUCAUUGGAGAUUUAGUUGAUCUUGAAGCUGCUCUUUGCCUUUGCACAGCCAUUAAAGUUGAUCUGGGUAUAACCAACCUGAACGUCCCCAUUGAUUUGAGCUUGGUACUCAAUGACUGUGGAAAGCAGCUUCCCUCUGGCUUCCAAUGCCCAUAAACAACCACUCUAGCUAUUGGGUAUGUGUGUUAAGUUUAUCAACUAACAGGAGUGUUUGGUUGGUCUCUAACCAGCUACCAUUAACAUUCCUUAAAUAAUUUCUUUUGCAUUAUAACUAGAGAAGGCUCCUGAUCACCUUCUUUAAUUACAUAUUAUCCUUUGUAUUAUGUGUCCCAAUUAUAUGGGUAUUUGAGAUGCGCUUCUUAUAAUAAAAUAAGAUGUUACAGAGAA